AUGGGGGCAGACAAGUGCGACAAGCCGCAGAGGGAGGUGGCCGUGUCGAUCAUCUACGACCAGUCUACAUCAAGGAUCUUGAUGGUCACUCGGCGCAAGCACCCCAAGAUCUGGAUAUUACCCCAAGGUGGUGUCGAGCCAGGAGAGAGUUCCGGGCAGGCGGCCAUCCGGGAGUCGUGGGAAGAGGCUGGCUGUCCUCGCCACCUCGACCCACCACCAAAGCUAUUAUCCCUGGACCUCGAGCCCGAGGCGAGCAAGCGGUAUAAUGUAUACUGGCAUAUCCACGUCAUACACACUACCGAGGAUGCGGUGAAUAGUACAACCGACUGGCCUGAACGCGGCGAGAGGGAUCGAGCCUGGUUCUCCGUGCCUGACGCCAUCACCAAGAUCUGCGAGUGGUACAUCGACGAGAAGCCCGUAGCCAGCCCAGACACGAUGGAGGAUGUCGGAGCUCUCGCAGCCAAGAUGGAGAAGAAGUCGGCCAAGCGGAGUCUGAAGGGCGGAGCGAUGGAGACUGCGUUGAAGGCGUUCAUCGAGGAUCAGGCGGGUGCGACCCGGGGCGGUUUGGCGGUCAAAGCGAGUUAG